AUGUCGAAAACCACUUCCCUCGCCCUCAUGGCGCUAGGCGCCGGAGGCGGCGCCGCGCUCACGGCCUCGAUUUUCUCCAUGCGCUCCCAGAAGCAACCUCCCACCGCAACGACAACGACAACGACGACGACCUCCUCCUUCUCGACAGCCCCCUCUGUGCCCGUCCCCAGCACCCAAGUCUUCACCUACCCCAACGCCGUCCCGCUCCCUCCCGCACCCUCACCAUACGGCGGCGGCGGCGGCCCCGUUGCCUCAAACAGCCCCGUCGACCCAGCAGGCCUCUUCGAAUACGGCUUCCCAGGCCCCGUAGCCGACCUCGCGACCCGCCAGGGCCUCGUCUCCUCCUACGACCGCCGCACCCGCAACCCGCACUGGGUCGUCGAGCACAUCACCCCGGCCUCCCUCGCCCAGCGCGACGGCGACCGCAAGCACAGCACCUUCGUCGAAGACGCCUCCGUCCCCGAAAAGUUCCAGGCCAAGCUCAAGGACUACUUCCGCAGCGGCUACGACCGCGGCCACCAGGUCCCCGCCGCCGACUGCAAGUGGUCCCAAAAGGCCAUGGACGACACCUUUUACCUCACAAACAUGUGCCCGCAGGUCGGCGACGGCUUCAACCGCGAUUACUGGGCCCACUUCGAGGACUUCUGCCGCCGUCUGACGACGCGGUAUCCUUCUGUGCGCAUCGUCACGGGGCCUUUAUACCUCCCCAAGCGCGACCCCGUCGACGGCAAGUGGUACACAAAGUACGAGGUCAUUGGCAACCCUCCCAACGUGGCCGUGCCGACGCACUUUUACAAAAUCAUCUUCGCCGAGGACGGCAAGGUUGGCGGCAACGUCGCCAUUGGCGCCUUUGUGAUGCCCAAUGCGCCCAUCCCUAACUCCAAGCCGCUGUCCGAGUUCGAGAUGCCGCUCGAGGCUGUCGAGCGCGCUGCGGGGCUCGAGUUUGCGAGUAAGCUUGCGCCGCAGCGCCGCAAGAGGCUCUGUACCGAGGCGUCGUGUGCUAUUGUCGUUAAGGAGUACGCGGACAGGCAGAAGCAGAUUGGCGGCGGCGGCAAGGGCCGUUCAUAG